AUGGAAAAAAUCAUCUUACAAAGUUCAUAUUCUUUUUUGAUAACUACACUCAUUCUUUUGGCCUCUUUUCACCAGAGCUGCUGCUGCAAUUAUAAUACAUACAAUGAUGCAUUAAUUCCAAUUGAACAUCCUAUUUCUACAUAUACAAUCGAUCCUCUGAAUAACGAAAAUUUCUUUUCCUUUGGAUUUUGGAGUCUAGGCAUUCCAUAAUAAACAUUUAAGAAUUACCCUUAAGUUGUUUCAGAUUACCUUUAAUCUAUGCCACAAGAUGGACAAUUAUUAUUUUUAAUAUAAGGAAAGCAAUAAAAUUUAGUCUUGGGAUAUAUUUACAUGAACAUGUUAAGCAAACAAGUAAUAUAUAAAGUUGUCUUAUUUGGGAAUCCUAAUUAAAUUAUAGAAUUUCCAUAUACUCCAGUUGAAUUUGAAGAAGAGUGGAUUUUAAGUUUAUUCACAAUUAAAUUAGAUUAAGGAACAUUCACUGUAGAAAUGACAGGUUAAAUAAAAUAAAGUAGAAGUAUAUAAAAUGGCAUAAGCUAUGAAAGAAUAAUAAUUGGAGGACAAGGUUAUGUAAUGAAUAACAUUUAUAAUUUAGAUUGGUUAAGGAUUUAAUCUUAAUAUAUUCAAUGGCAGAUUAUCAAAGAUACAUAUGAGUUAUUAAAUUGAUGAUAUCUAAAAUAAAUUCAAAUACAUGAGUGAGAAUUGUAAAAUCCCACUUCCUUAAGAGGGAUAAUAAACUGUAUAUUUUAUUAAAGGAUUAAAAAUAUUUGAAGGCAGCUCAUCUUUGUUAUAUACAUUGAAUCAAUUUGGAAAUCGAUUUUGUUUAUCUGGAUGGGUUAAAUAUGAUGCAUCUAGAAUAGUAACAUAUGCUAAAUACAAUUUGAUAAGGAUGAGUCUGUUUAAAAACUAUAAUUUUUAAACAAAGUAUGGAGAUGAAAUAUUUUAAAUGUUAACAUAAAUUAAUAAAGCAAAUCCUAAAGGAACUUAUGUCUCUGUAAUUGCAGAUGAUCGAUUAAUGCCUAUAAUGGGUAAAAAUGACUAUAAUAUAAUAAUUCAAAGAGUAGCACUAUUUUCCGAAUAUUCUUAUAGACAUUUCAUAGGAUUACAAUAAUGGCAUUUUAUUAAAUAUGAAUAUGGAUCAAAAUUAUAAGGAAAAAGAAGUUCAGUUUAAAUUUAAUUCUUUAAUGAUUUAGGUUUAAAAGAAAUUACUUUUAAUAAUAUAUCUCCAAUUAAUUCACCUUUCUAUAUAAAUAUAGGAGCAGAUGAUUUCUAGAAAGAUAUCCUUUAAGCUUCAAUUUUUGAUUUUAAAUUUGAAUAUAAUUAUGAAGAUGACAAAUAAAUACUGUUUAAAGGUUUGAUUAUAAAUAUAUAAUUAGCUUGUCAUUAUUCUUGUUAAACAUGUAGAGGACCACUUGAAAAUAAUUGUAUCACAUGCAAUCCAUAAUCUCAUAGAUAUUAUUUAGAGGAAAUAAACAAAUGUGAAUGUUAAUAGGGAUAUAUAAAUGUAGUAGAUGAAAGUAAUUGUGUAGAUUUCUCUUAAAUAUUUCCAUUAAUAAAAACCUAAGAAGUUCUUCAUUAUGAUGAAAUAUAAUGUUAAUUUGGUUAUUUCAUUUUACCAAAUAUUGGAUUCUCUGCAUAAUGUGUUAAAUGGUAUUAAUUUAAAUUAUGAAGUCCAUAAUCUAAUUUCUUCAAUUUGUUGUGUGUUGACUGUCUCUAUUCUCCAUAUACUUGGUACUUAAAGCCUAUUUGUAAAUUUGAUUUGAUUUCAGCAAAAGAAACUUUGAAUGAUGCAUUUUCAUAUGUUGAAAGAGAUCAAAUUAAUUAUGAUUUAUAUUUAGUUGAUAAUUAAGGUGAAAUCAAUCUACAUAAAGGUAUCUUAGAUUUUUGUGAAAUGGAAUCAGAUUCACCUGAUUGUUUUAAGGCUGCACAUAAACAUCUAAAUUAAACAAUUUUUAUUAAAUGUAAGCCAAAUUACUUUCAAUUUAAUGGAAAUUGUAUGUAGGUAAAUCCUUAUUGUCUCAAAGCUUCAAUUGAAGGGAAAUGUUUAUAAUAUUAAAAUGGAAUGUAUUGGAAGAAUGAUUAAUUAUAUUAAUGUCCUAAUAAUUGUGAAUUAUGUUAUUAUAAUGAGGAAAUUUAAAAUCCUUAUUGUUUAUAAUGUAAAGAGAAUUUCACCUUAGAUAAUGGGUAAUGUAUUCAAUGUGGUAAUUAUUGCAAAGUUUGUCAAAAAUAUUAUGAUCCCAUAAAUCAAAAUAGUUAUUUUAGAUGUUAUAAAUGUUUAGAUGAUUCUAAAUACUUUAUUUCAUUUGAUGCAAUUAAUUGUUAAUAAAAUACAAUUAAAAAUUGUAUAUAUGCUUUUCAAACUUUAUCAAAUAAUUUUCAAAUUAAUACUCUUGAUGUAUCAUUUAAACCUAGAAAUGAUUGGAAUAAUAUCAAGAUAUCUUGUGCAUUAUGUAAUCUACAAUAUGGAGUAAUUCUUGAUUAAAGUUUAUGUAUAUCAAUGCAUGAAGUUACAUGUCAAUUCUCUGUUGUACAAAAGAUUGUUGAUAUACCCAUGGAUGAUAACAUCUUUUACACAAUAUUAGAUUAUGAUUAUUAUACAACACCUUCAGGUGAAUAAAUUACAUUUGGCUUUUUAGAUGAUGGAAAUAUUAUAUUAACAUCAUAUUAAUACUGUAUAAUUUCAGAGAGAUACUUUGUAUAAUAAGAUAUAGAAGUUGUUUAAUUCACAGAAAAAUGCUAAGGAAAUGUGAAAUAUUGUGAAGUUUGUUUAAAGGAUAGAACUUAUAUUUGGGGUGUGACUUAUGAUUGUCUUGAAUGUGAAAAAGGAUAUUAUGCAGAUAGAGUAUCAGGUAAAUGUUAUCAAUGUCCUCAAGAAUUAAAUUGUUAUAAAUGUUAAUCUCAAUAAAAACUAUAUAAAGAUAGAUGGAAAAACAAUGUAAGAGCCUUUUAUAAUGUGAUUAUUCAAAAGAAUACUGAACAUACAUUUAGAUAAUAUGGAUAAAGUGAUAAUUAUGAUGAUUAUGAAAUAGUUUGUUCAGAGUGUUAAAUUGGAUAUGAAUUAAGAAAUGAUAAAUGUAUACUUGCUUGUCCUGAAUCAUGUUUAGAAUGUUAGUACAUAAAUGAUUAAAAUUAAUGUAUCAAAUGUCCAAAAAAUCAAAAAGGAAGAAAAUUAAGUUUGUCUUAAAAUUAAUGUAUUGAUUGUCCAUAAAAUUGUUCUUUAUGUCGAUUAAGAUCAAAAGAUGAAAUAAGAAGCAUUAAUCCAUUAUUUGACAAUAAUGAUUAUAUUUCAUAUACGUAUCAAUGCUUAAAAAGCUUUAAUGAUGCUGAAUACUAUUAUGAAUAAGAAUAGGGUAUAUUCAUAUAAUGUUCUAAACAUCAGUAUUGUAAUUAUGAAUUCAUUCUUACUUUCAAUCUUUAUUGUUCAGAAUUAGAUUAUGAAUCAGCAUUGAUUUCGUUAUCAUCAUAAUAUGAAUAAAAAUUAUUUAAAUAAUAAAAUCUAUUAUUAUUAGAUUUAAUAUCAGGAAAUAGUUUUAAGGAGGUAUAUAUAAUAGUCAUUAUAAUUAGUUUGAAAAAGAUUUAUUCUAUCAAUAAGCCAAUUAAAUAUCAAUAAGAACUAUUAUACUAAAUAUAUCAAGUGUAAAAGAAUAAAUUUGUAAAAUACCUUCAAAUGGAAUAAUUUAAUAGAUUUUUAGUAAAAAUAUUUUUACAACAAUGUAAAUAUUACCAAUAUUAAUUUAGAAAUGUUGAAAUAACAAUGAAUUUCAACAAUAAUACAAUUAUAGAAUUUGAAAAACCACUAAAAUUCUUAAAUUUUAAUAAAAUCACUAUAUAAGGAGCAAUCUUAUAUCCAAUUAUUAAUGACAAAUUAAAAUAAAUUAUAUUUGAUAGUGUAUUUCCUUAAACUAUCCUACUUUAACACAUUGUUUAUUAAUAAUUAUCAAAUGUAAAUGAUUAAUCAGCUAUACUUUUUAAUAAUGUUAAAUAUUUAGUAUUAGAUAAUUUCAAAAUAAUUGGAUUAGUUUAAAAUGAAAUACAGAAGUUUAUUGAGAUUUCAGAAACAUUGAAUUAAAAAUCUAUUACAUUCUUGAAUUUCUAACUAAUUAAUUCAUUUUUGUAAAAUUAAAUCACUAUAUUCUACCACCUUAACAAAAAUGAUACCAUUAAUAUUGAUAAUUUAAUUGUAAACUCUAAAUUUAAUAAUUCUACUUUGAUAAAAACAGGGUAAUAAUAAUAAUUUGGUCUUCUUUAAAUGAAUAAUGCUAAUUUUGAAAUUAAUGUACUUGAUUGUUUAUUUUUCUUAAACCUUUAUUCACUUAGAUAAAUUAAAAUUAAAUAAAUGAAAAUUGAAAAUUCUGAUAUUUAAAACUCAACAUUAGUUAUUUUAAAUAAUAAUAAUAAUAUAGAUAAUUUCAUAAUUUAAUUAAGUAGAUUUAGAGAGAAUAGUUAUGCAAUAAUGAAUUCUAAUCAACUAUCUUUGGAUAAAUUAUUAAUAAAUUUAUCAAAUAUUAUACUUCAAUAAAAUGAAUAUCAUUAAUCUACAAAGUUUAUAUCAUUUUAGAAAUACAACAAUAAUCAAUCUUAUAUAGAAAUAAAUUAAUUCAAAAUAAUUAAUAACUAUAUAUCAUAGAAUACACCUGAUAAAAUAAUGAACACUCAAUACUCUGCUCUUAUUUAUCUAUAACUUGAUAUAAUCACUAUUUUUGAUUUAGAAUUAGUCAGAGGUUAUGGUUUGAUUGAUAUAAGUAUAAAUAAUGUCCAAAAACUAAAAAUAAAAUCUAUCAGAAUAUCUUAAGGUCAUUAGUAUAAAUUUUUAGGUCUUCAUUAAUUUAUGGAUUGCUAAUUAUAAUAAGUUAAAGGAGAAUCUUAUCUGCAAUCACUCUUUAUAUCAUCAGUAAUUGAUCUUCAAAUUGAAGAUUUAAUUAUAAGAUCUGCUUAAACAUAUAAUUCUCCAAUUUUAUACUAUAAAUCUUCGGAAAAGAUUAAAUAAUAAUAAUUCGAAACAAUUUUAUUAAAUAAUAUUAUUAUAGAAUCCAACUUAUUGCUUUUAACAAAUUAGAAAUUUCAAACAGCUAUUCUCUUUUUUGAAUCUGUUUAAGAAACUACCUUAUAAUUUUCAAACAUUACUUUUUAUGGAAAUAUAUUACAUGAAUAUCUCUAAAAUAACCUCCAAACUUCGGCUUUACUUUUAAAUUUGAACUGUAUCUUAGGUACCAUAAUAAUUAGGGAUACAAUAUUCAAUAAAAAUAUAGUAUUUAACAGUACUGAUAGUAUUAUAUACAUAAAAAGUGAGAAAUUAUUAUUUCACAAUUGCACUUUCUCUGAGAAUAGUCUAUUUAAUUAUGCAAUAUUAUAACCUUAUUUAUUAUGGGGAUUCUUAGACUCUUAAGCAGUAUACUAAAAAGAUUUAAGUUAAAUAUUUAGAGUAAAAUCUUAAUCUGGAAAUGGAAAACUGUUAGUUGAAAAUCUUGAUAUAUAAUUUUGUAUAUUUGAAUAAUCUAUAGGAUAUUCAGGUGGAGCACUAUUAAUUGAAGCUCAAAAGAACAGCAUUAUUAAAAUUUUUAAUAGUUAAUUUAGUAAUAUUUCAACAGAGUUUUAAAGAGAACUAGGAUUUGGUGGAUCUAUAUAUUUAGAUGGUACUUCAUCUUAAUCAUUAAAUGUAUCUUUUUAAGAAUUAAUUAUUCAAAAUAUUUAAGCUUAAGAAUAAGGUGGUUUCCUAUAUAUAAUGACAGGGACUUCAAAGGUUUAGAUUUAUUUAAAUAAAUUAACUAUAUAAAAUGUAUAUGCUAAAAUUGGAUCUAUAAUUUAUGCAACUUUUUCUGCUCUUUAAUAAUCAUCAUAGUAGAUUGAAUUUAAUGAAAUAUCAAUCAAAAAUACAUAAGAAGAAUUUAUAAACUAUUUGAAUUAAUAUACAUUACUCUCAAAAUCUGAAGAAAUACUAUUAAUUAAUAAUAGAGUGUUAUUUUUUAUUAAUUUUGCAUAAAAAGUUAGAUUUACAAAUAUAAAAAUUGAAAAUAUCUUUCUAGAAUCUGCUCUUUCGAUCUCUAGCAUUACAGAAAUAUCAAUUUAAAAAUUAAUUAUAUCUAAUAGUUUAAUUAACUCGAAUCUAAUUAAAAUAUCUGCAAAUACAUGUAAUUAAUAUAUUAUUAAUUAUUAUAGAUUAAAAUUAAAUUUUAUAAUUAAGUGAUAUAUAAAUAUCAAAUAUUACUACAGUUUUCAAAUAAACUAUUUAUAAUUGUGAAUUAAAUUACAUAGAAGAAAUCCCUAUAUAAUUUGUUUGUAUUCAAUAAUCAGCUCCUAUUAAUUUAUUCGAAUAUUUUAGAAAUAGAUCAAUUACUUAUGGUGAAUGCAUACUUUCAUUAAUAAAAGAGAAUAAUGAUUAGAUAAUUAUAGAUGAUAUAAAUUAAGGAUUAAUUUAAUUCCUAGAUCUUAUUGAAUAAACAACAAUUAAAUUAUAUUAGAUAGAAUUAGUAAGAAUAAACUGUAAGUAUUGUUUAAAGGGAUUAAUAUAUUUUAAUUUUUAAAAGAUCACCAAAUUAUUAUAGAAAUAAUAUUUAGCAAAUAUUAUGAUAUCUAAUUCUAUUUGUGGAAGAUAAGGUUGUAUAAAUAUUGAAAAAAGUAAUAUUAAUAAAAGAAGAUUGUUAUAAACUUAAGAGAAAUACAUUUAAUAAUUGCAAUUAGAAUUCUUAAUAGAUAAUUAUCUUUGUUAAUAUAAUUCUGGAAUAAAUGGAACAUGCUUAUAUAUAUCCAAUGUUAAAGUAGAAAUGUAGAAUUGUCUUUUUCAAUAUAAUUAAGCAUAUUAAACAGGAGGAGCUGUAUAUAUUUAAGAAAAUGAGGAUAUUUUAAUAAUCAAUAGUUGGAUACUAAAUAAUUAAGCUAAGAUUGGAGGUGGAUUGUAUUUUGAAAAUUCUCAUGAUUUAAAUUAUUAAGGACUCUAAACUAAAAUUAGUAAUAAUUCAGCAACAUUUUAUGGAAAUGAUAUUGUUUCAAUACCUUAGAAACUUACAUUAGCAUAAUUUGAUAAAAUGACAUUAUUAGAAACUGUAGAAAUUAUAGAAGAUGAUAAUAUUCUAAUAGAAUAAGUUUAAUAAAUAACAUAAUAAAUUCCAUUUAUUAAUUACAUUAGACUACCAAGUGGAUAGAAGAUAUCUAAUUAUGUUAAAUUUAAUAAAAAUACACGAUCAUAUGAACCUUUAAAUCAAAUAUUUAGAAUUAUUGCAUAAAGUCGAGAUAAAUAAGUAAUGAAAAAUCUCAGAAAUACAUUUUGUACAAUAGAAAGUAGAAAGUUUAAUUUAUCUAAUAAUAAUGAUGAUGAUGUUUUCUCAAAUAAUCUUACUAAUAUUUAAAAGGUUUUAUUUAAUGAAUCUACCUAAGAUUAUAAUUUAGAUGAUUUGAUUGUUUAUUUUGAUAAUAAAUUACCAUCAAAUAUUGUAUUAUAAUUAUAAUUUUGGUGUAAUUCAAUUAGUAUCCCUAUAUAUAAUAAAGAAUAUCCAUAUAAUAUACUCAAUAAACAUUCCAAUUAUAAAUUAAGAGUCAAUAUUAAAACAUAUGAUUGUUAAUAUGGAGAAAUUAAAAACUAUACAGACUUUUCAUGUAUUCCAUGUAAUACUGAAUAAGCAUUAUUUUCAUUAACAAUUAAUUCUUAGAAAUGUGAACUCAAAGAUGAUGUUUCAACAAUCAGUGUCCAAUCUGCUUUAUUAAAUUUAAAACCUGGAUAUUGGAGACCUUAUUUUGAAACUAAUAGAAUAAAUUAUUGCAUAAAUAAACCUGAAAAUUGUUUAGGAGGAUGGAUGGAAGGAGANCUAGCAUUACAGAAAUAUCAAUUUAAAAAUUAAUUAUAUCUAAUAGUUUAAUUAACUCGAAUCUAAUUAAAAUAUCUGCAAAUACAUGUAAUUAAUAUAUUAUUAAUUAUUAUAGAUUAAAAUUAAAUUUUAUAAUUAAGUGAUAUAUAAAUAUCAAAUAUUACUACAGUUUUCAAAUAAACUAUUUAUAAUUGUGAAUUAAAUUACAUAGAAGAAAUCCCUAUAUAAUUUGUUUGUAUUCAAUAAUCAGCUCCUAUUAAUUUAUUCGAAUAUUUUAGAAAUAGAUCAAUUACUUAUGGUGAAUGCAUACUUUCAUUAAUAAAAGAGAAUAAUGAUUAGAUAAUUAUAGAUGAUAUAAAUUAAGGAUUAAUUUAAUUCCUAGAUCUUAUUGAAUAAACAACAAUUAAAUUAUAUUAGAUAGAAUUAGUAAGAAUAAACUGUAAGUAUUGUUUAAAGGGAUUAAUAUAUUUUAAUUUUUAAAAGAUCACCAAAUUAUUAUAGAAAUAAUAUUUAGCAAAUAUUAUGAUAUCUAAUUCUAUUUGUGGAAGAUAAGGUUGUAUAAAUAUUGAAAAAAGUAAUAUUAAUAAAAGAAGAUUGUUAUAAACUUAAGAGAAAUACAUUUAAUAAUUGCAAUUAGAAUUCUUAAUAGAUAAUUAUCUUUGUUAAUAUAAUUCUGGAAUAAAUGGAACAUGCUUAUAUAUAUCCAAUGUUAAAGUAGAAAUGUAGAAUUGUCUUUUUCAAUAUAAUUAAGCAUAUUAAACAGGAGGAGCUGUAUAUAUUUAAGAAAAUGAGGAUAUUUUAAUAAUCAAUAGUUGGAUACUAAAUAAUUAAGCUAAGAUUGGAGGUGGAUUGUAUUUUGAAAAUUCUCAUGAUUUAAAUUAUUAAGGACUCUAAACUAAAAUUAGUAAUAAUUCAGCAACAUUUUAUGGAAAUGAUAUUGUUUCAAUACCUUAGAAACUUACAUUAGCAUAAUUUGAUAAAAUGACAUUAUUAGAAACUGUAGAAAUUAUAGAAGAUGAUAAUAUUCUAAUAGAAUAAGUUUAAUAAAUAACAUAAUAAAUUCCAUUUAUUAAUUACAUUAGACUACCAAGUGGAUAGAAGAUAUCUAAUUAUGUUAAAUUUAAUAAAAAUACACGAUCAUAUGAACCUUUAAAUCAAAUAUUUAGAAUUAUUGCAUAAAGUCGAGAUAAAUAAGUAAUGAAAAAUCUCAGAAAUACAUUUUGUACAAUAGAAAGUAGAAAGUUUAAUUUAUCUAAUAAUAAUGAUGAUGAUGUUUUCUCAAAUAAUCUUACUAAUAUUUAAAAGGUUUUAUUUAAUGAAUCUACCUAAGAUUAUAAUUUAGAUGAUUUGAUUGUUUAUUUUGAUAAUAAAUUACCAUCAAAUAUUGUAUUAUAAUUAUAAUUUUGGUGUAAUUCAAUUAGUAUCCCUAUAUAUAAUAAAGAAUAUCCAUAUAAUAUACUCAAUAAACAUUCCAAUUAUAAAUUAAGAGUCAAUAUUAAAACAUAUGAUUGUUAAUAUGGAGAAAUUAAAAACUAUACAGACUUUUCAUGUAUUCCAUGUAAUACUGAAUAAGCAUUAUUUUCAUUAACAAUUAAUUCUUAGAAAUGUGAACUCAAAGAUGAUGUUUCAACAAUCAGUGUCCAAUCUGCUUUAUUAAAUUUAAAACCUGGAUAUUGGAGACCUUAUUUUGAAACUAAUAGAAUAAAUUAUUGCAUAAAUAAACCUGAAAAUUGUUUAGGAGGAUGGAUGGAAGGAGAUUUAUCAUGUCUUAAAGGUCAUAUAGGAGCUUUAUGUGAAGAAUGUGAUUUAUAUGCAAUUAAAGAAGAAGGUCCUUAUUCAACUAGUUCAAAAUAUUCAUGUGUAUCUUGUUAAGAAACUUCAAGAAAUUUUAUUUUAAUUAGUUUCGUAACUAUAUGGUAUUUAUUUAAUGUUUAAAUUAAGGACUUUGAUAUCAAUUUUCAUUUCAGUUUAAAGUAAUCUAAGAUCUAUCAAAUAAUCCAUUAGAGUUACUAGUAUACUCCUUAUAAAAUUAGCAGCAAUAUAAAAUAGAAAUUAAUCAGCUGUUCUAAUUAAAAUGUUAACUAAUUAUUUAUAAAUUAUGGCUUCUAUUGCUACAUUUAAAUUGAAAUUACCAAUCGAAUUUUAAAGUACUAUUAAUACAGCAGGAUCACCAGUUUAAACAAUGACAUAUUCAAUGGAUUGUUUUUUAUCUAGUCUUUUUUCAUUUGAAAUAUAAUAUGCUAGAAUGAUUUGGUAAAUUAUAAUGCCAUUUGUAUAUAUCAGUUUCUUUUUUACAUGCUAUUUGUUAUCUAUUAAAUUUAAAUUUACUAGUUACAAUAAAAGUGUCAUUACAACUACUAUUAUAUAUAUGUACAUCUGUUUACAAACAAGUUUAGUUGGUGGAUUUGCUCAACUUAUAUCUUAUAGAAAUAUAUCAGGAUAUUAAUGGAUUUAAGCAAAUGUUUCUUAAAGAUUUGAUACUCCUUAUCAUUAUUAAUGGAUUCUUUAAUUUUGUUUACCUAUGCUUAUUAUUUUAUCAAUUGUAAUUCCUUCUUAUUUUUUAUAUGGACUUCGUAGUAAUUCUGCAAAUUUAGAUAAAAAUUAAGUGAAAUCAUAAUGGGGUUAUUUAUACAAUGAAUAUACAUAUUAAGCAUAUUUUUGGGAAUUAAUAAAAAUUGCAUAAAAAUAAUUGAUGAUGAUUUGUUUGAUUUAUUAUGAUGAUAAUGUAAUAUUAAAAGCUACUAUGAUUUCACUAAUAAUAGGAAUUUAUUUAGAAUUAAGUUUAAAAUACAAACCAUAUAAUCGCAAUUAACUUAAUAAAUUAGAUUGUUAAACUAUGAAUGUAUGUUUAGCAACAAUAAUAUUAGCAUCUGGCAUUUAUAUUUCAGAGUAAACUUAUGUUUAUGAAGUCAAAAUUCCUUAUUUUGUAUUAAUUGCUAUUAUGAAUAUAUCAAUUUCUUAUAUUUUGAUAUCUAAAAUUGUAGUAGAAUACUUCAAAAAGGCAGGUCUCAAUAUUGAAAAAAUUGAAAAAGUUAAAUAAUCUAUUAGAUAACAUUUUCCAUUUCUUAAUCAAAUUCCAUUCAUAUCUAAAUUAUUAGAAGAUCGUAGAGAAUAAAGAAAAAGAAUAUAACAAUUAUAUAUGAAAUUAAAGUAAUUCUUAUUACCAUAAGCUAAAGAGAUUAUUGCAUUUAAGAUGUCUUAAUUAAAAUAAGACACUCAAAGAAAUUUAGAAUUAUAAAUUCAUACAAAUUAAUUAAGUUUAAGAAGUCCAAAUUAUGGCAAAGACUAAGAAUAUUUCUUUAGAGAAUCUAUGAAAUAAUCUUCAUUAAAUACUUCUAAACAUGUUUUAGAAUCUACUAUUUUCGAUAAAACGUAUUUAAAUAUCUAUAAUAGAAAUUUCAAAAGAAACGAAUAAUAGAAGGCUAAAUAUGAGUUAAUCCAGAAAAAAAUGACUUAAACUUAAAUAAAUAGUAAUCCAAAUAAUAUUAAUGAUAAUAAAGAAUAUUGA